AUGAAUCGAAAAGUAUCAUCUGGCAACAAUGAUCUGAAUAGCUUCCAACCAAUUUCAUCGCAUCUGAAAGAACAAAUUUUAAAUCCAUUGACAGCCUCCAUAGACGGAUUAACAGGAUCAUUAGAAUGUCACGAAUCAGAUCCUGAAAGCAAUCCCGAAUUGCAAUUCCUCAAAGAUUCAUUGGUUGUAGUAAAACCCCUAAUGUCAUCCAAGACAACAGAAAAACCAUCAUCAACUUCAAAUAUAAGAAUAGGAAAAGAAGUUGUCUUCACUGCAUCAGACCUCAAUCUUAUCACUGGAAAUCAUCAUAUGGAAAGGCCAAUCCCAAGAAAGCAUCGUAGCUUCUUAGAUGGAUCAAAUCAAUUCACUACUGGUUGUAAUGCCUUUUCACCGUUAACAAUACAAACUUCAGAAAUGAUCACUGGUAAAAGAAAUAACGAAUCGAUAUGUAAUACGACAGAAACUGAUAACGAAAUUAUUGAAUUAAGAGCGCAAAUUGAUUCUCUCUACUCAAAAUUGAACGAAAUUCAGCGCAAAUGUGAUCAAAAUUCGCAAGAACAUAAAAAAAGUAUGCUCAAAAAUAACAACAAUAUCAAUGAUACUAAUAAUGAUAGCUACGGAUAUUUGAAGAUUGCUAAUGAAAAUGCAAAAUCGAUUAGCUGUGUACCAAAUGAAAAUCCACAGAUUUAUCAAUUUAUUACAAAUAGCAAUGGAAGGAUAUCUUUAGAAGAAAAAAAAUUGGAACAAUCGGGAGAAUUGUGUGAUAUCUGGGAAAAAAAAGAUCAAUUUGACAAUACAGAACUGAUAACUCCUAGAAAUUGUCAGGAAAAAACUUUAAAUGAAAUGAAAGCAGAUGAAGAGAUUGUUUUGGUUGAGUGUUCUGAAGAAACGGCCGAAGAGCAAUUAAAAAAUGAUGAUCAAAAUUCAAUAGAUAACCAUCUUGACAAGUGUAAUUCCGUCACAGCAACUGAGACAAAUAGAAACUGUCAAUUGCAAUCUUUUGAUGAUAGAAGAUUGGAACAAAAAGAGGAUAAAUUAAAAGAUCAGUAUAGCAACAGUGCUUCAUAUAAGCUUGAAACAAAAGAUACGAUAAUUGCAGUGAAACGAAUUAAGGAAUAUUGGGAUGCUACAUGUCUUUCACCUUCUCAAAUUAAACUGACAAAAGAGAAUUUGGAUUGCAUCAAUCUUCAACAUCAACACGAAAAAAAUAAACCUUGUUUUCCACCAGCUAAUCAUCCCAUCCAAUCUUCAACAUCAAUUAUCGGAUUUCAACAACCGAGAAUUGCUUUCCAACCACCCGUACGAUUUGCACCAAUGUUAUGUUUUCCGAAUAUUCCAACAUCUGCAGAAAAUCAUCCAUAUUUUCCACCCUCAUACAAUCCAUUCUCACAAUCAGAACCAGUUCAAUUCUUAUCACCAAAUCAACUACCAAAACAAUUCAUACCAACGAUGACCACUCCAAUGCAAGCCUUUCAACAGCGUCCAAAUCCGCUCCUAAAUGUUCAAUUUUCAAAUCCAAUCAAUGCUACUACAAAUUGUUCAACUAUCAAUUCACUACCACAGAACAGUUAUAGCACCAAGCGUAAAUUGCCAUUUAAAAAUGGGGUAUUACCAGCAGCCAAAAAGAAGCUAAUGAAUUCGAAAUCACGAAAUGCAAGCGCACAAACAAUUCCAUCGAUGAAUGGUUUAGUUAAUGUUCCAAACUCCAUCAGUUUUGAUCAUUUAACAAAAGAACAAAGCAUUGCUACGAUUAAGAAUCCGUUCUGUUCAAUGCAACUACCAACAUGUCAACAAAUGAUGAAUAUGAAAGAACAAAGUAUUCCAAUGGCAAACUUGGAAACACUCCCAAGAAAUUCGGAGUUACAGCAAAUCGCAAAUACAUGCAAUGCUGUUACGAUGCCUCAACCUGCAAUGAUGAACAAUUAUAACUGCUUUAUAUGA